GUUACAUAUUUGUGCGGCUAACACCGACUUGUAAAAUACGCGAAAGUUUAAAAUAAUACAAUAUAGAGAAACGAUACUUAAUAAGCCGGCGAGGCGUAUAUAGAGAGGGGUUGAGGUGUGUUGCCACAAGCAAUAUGGCGCUCGACGCCUUAGGUAACCAAGGAAACUCGGUAUGGUUCACACCACAGACUUCCCUGGGAACUACAUGGGCUACAACGACACAUGGAACUAUGGGAGAUUUGAGAACAACUUCCGCAUAGACAUAGUGAAGAUGGAAGGGGACACCCUGGAGUUCGACAUGGUUGGAAUCGACGCGGCCAUCGCAAACGCAUUCAGGCGAAUUCUCCUGGCAGAGGUACCGACCAUGGCGGUGGAGAAGGUCUAUGUCUAUAACAACACGUCUAUCAUCCAGGACGAGAUUCUGGCACAUCGGCUGGGCCUCAUCCCCAUCAGGGUGGAUCCGCGGCUGUUUGAGUAUCGAAGUGCGGCAGAGGAGGGCGAGGGCACAGAGAUAGACACCCUACAGUUUGAGCUGAACGUCAAGUGCACCAGGAACCCCAGAGCCUCCAAGGAUUGUUCCGACCCAAAUGAGCUCUACCUGAACCAUAAAGUUUACACCAGUCACAUGAAGUGGCUCCCACAGGGCAACCAGUCCGACCUGUUCCCAGAGACUGACCCCCCUCGGCCCGUCCAUGGCGACAUUCUGAUUGCGCAGCUGCGCCCCGGGCAGGAGAUCAGCGUUAUCAUGCACUGCGUGAAGGGCAUCGGGAAAGACCACGCCAAGUUCUCUCCCGUGGCCACGGCCAGUUACCGGCUGCUGCCCGAGAUCACCCUGUUGUGCCCCAUCGAGGGGGAGCUGGCGGAUCGACUGCAGCGCUGCUUCUCUCCGGGGGUCAUCGGCGUCGAUGAGGUGGACGGGAAGAGAGUGGCCAGGGUAAUAAACGCACGGACGGACACCUGCGGGCGGGAAAUCUUCCGCCAUGAUGAUCUGAAGGACCUGGUGCGAAUGGCGCGCGUGCGAGACUAUUACAUCUUCUCAGUAGAAUCCACAGGGAUCCUGCCCCCCGAUAUCCUGGUGAGUGAAGCCAUCAAGGUUCUGAUGGGCAAAUGCCGGCGGUUCUUGGACGAGCUGGACACAUCGCAGAUGGACUGAUCCAAUCUAGGGAGGGAGGGGCUACUGUCCUAUGUAUUCUGGGGCAGAACCUCCCUGAUAGGUCCAUUGGGACUGAACUUUCUGCAGAACUUUUUAUGGAUUCUGUGUUCCACCUGGUACCUGUACCCGACCCAACUGGCACCCAUAGUGGAACAGUUCUGCUGUGAGAAGCCCCCCAGGGGAAUUGGCCCCUACAGUCACAAAGAGCCUGUGGAUUCAAGAGACAGUAAUAGGGCAAUGUGGGCGGGGCUCCCCUAGGUCCUGGUACCGGUGCUGAGAAUGGGUCCGUUUGGGAUGAGCAUUGGCCCCUCUUCCCCCCAGUGACGGAGUAACUUUGCGUAUGGACUGAAGCUUCUGGAUCCAGUGACCCAAAGAACCCCCCCUCCCCCUGGCUACCCACCCAGACAGAUAAUGGGGGGGGGGGGGGGGGGUCUGUGAUUCUUCCCAAAUAGCCCUGUACGUUGGGCAGCGACUCUGUACAGCACUGAAAGGGUUAGUUUGUGUGUAAGCAGAACAUGGAAUGUACCAUUAAUAAAAAAAAUAGGGUGAUGCUGAGUAAAA